AUGCCCGUUCCCGCCGUGCCGCGCUGCCCCGGGCGCUCCCUGCCGCGGUCCGGGCAUUCCCGCAGGACCGCCGGGGCCCGGGGAAGCUUCUGCGGGGGCUCGCGUAGCGCGGGGGGGGGGAGAGCGGUAGGGCCCGGUGCGCGCCGGGGGCAGGCGAGCGGGCGGGCGCUGGAUUCUUUGGAUCGCGGACGUCGUGGGCGAAUAAAACAGGCGGGCGGGCGGUUGCGCUGUUCCUGCCGCGGGGGGCGCGGAGCGGAGCCGCCGCCGGGCCUGGCGCAGAUGGAGCCCCGCAGCAGCGGCGUCGCGCCCGGCGGAGUGUCUGUGUCGGCCGUGCUGCCGGCGGGCGGGAGCGGGGAGCGCCUGGGCGGUGCCACCCCCAAGCAGUUCUGCGCCGUGCAGGGGAGGCCUCUCGUCAGCUACGCGGUGUGGGCCAUGGAGAGGAUAAAUUGGAUAUCUGACAUUAUUGUGGUGGUCUCUCCUGAAAAUAUUGAAACAAUGAAGACUAUCAUUGAAAAAUAUGGCCACAAAAGAGUUACAGUAGUAAAAGGUGGAAUAACUCGUCACCGGUCAAUAUUCAAUGGACUGAAAGUAUUUGCAGAGGAUGAAUUUUCCUGCCAUUUGCUCCAGAAGCCAGAAGUAGUGAUUAUCCAUGACGCUGUGAGGCCUUUUGUUGAAGAAGAUAUUGUUUCAAAAGUGGUUAUGGCUGCUAAAGAACAUGGGGCAGCAGGAGCAAUCCGUCCUUUAGUUUCUACUGUUAUUGCCUCUGCUGCUGAUGGCUGCUUGGACCACUCACUGGAACGUGCCAGGUACAGAGCGAGUGAAAUGCCUCAGGCUUUCUUGUUUGAUAUAAUCUAUGAAGCAUACCAACAGUGUACUGACUAUGACCUGGAUUAUGGAACGGAAUGUUUGCAUCUGGCUCUGAAAUACUGUAAAACAAAUGCCAAACUUGUUGAAGGAACAGCUGACCUUUGGAAGGUGACCUACAAGCAGGAUCUGUAUGCAGCUGAAUCAAUCAUUAAGGACAACCUAUCACAACAAGUUUGUGUUAUCACCAACGUGAAGGAAACUCUCGGACAAGUAGGUUUUCUCCUUCCUGAAUCUCUGAAAAGCCAAGUAAAAGUUGAAGCUAUUUCAAUAUCUUUAAGCAAAAAUGAUAGCUGUCUACAAAACAUCAUUUCAGAACAGUGCUACAAUUUUGUUUGUAUAAAUGAUAAAAGAUGUGCCAUUCAAGAAACCCAGGAACUAGUGGAUAUGUUGGAAAAAUCAAAUAUUCCUCUCUUAUAUCCAGUGGUCCUUAUUUCGGUGCAUUUGGAUAGUUCAGAAAAUAAUUCUUUCAGCAUUGGGAUGGAAGACCUAACUACAAUCAAGAAAUUUGCAAGAGAAACUAAAAAGAAAAACAUUUUGGUUUAUGGUCUUCUUAUCCAACAUAAGGACCCUUUGCUGCUUCAGGAGACAGUAAAUUCUGCUGCUGCUCUUAUCAUGGCGUUAAUAAAGGACAGAAACCCGGAGCUGAUUGGCCAGCUGUUGGUAGCAUAAGACCAUAAAUCAUAUGUAGCUUUUGGAAAUGUUAGUUUUUCAUCAUCUGUUCACCAAAGGUCUUAAGCCAUUUUAUUCUUUGUUUAAAACUCUGGAUUUAUGCCAUUUAUUAAGAUAUUUUAACAGCAUAUUUUUGAUAUUUAAAAUACAAGUCUAAUAUGAUGUGUGAAGUAAAAGGAAAUAAAAAUAAUUCUGAGAUACACUGGGUAUAUACUGUGAGAAAUGAUACUGAAAUGUGUUUUUAAGGUACUGAUCAUUUAAAAAGGUGCACAAAGGACACCAAAAGCAUUCAUGCAGAAUUGUCUUUAACCAUGGCUGUGUGUAGUACUCUGUGACUACAUGACUUAUGUUUUAUUUCAGAUAAAUUAAUCCUAAAGCACAGCUCAUCUACUUUAUGUGAAAUUAUUUAAAAAUUGCUGCUGUAAUACCUAUUAGUGGAUGUAGACUUCCUUACAGAGCAUAGCUUUCCUGACAUGAAGAGAAACGCGUAUUGCAGGAAGUGUUGGAAAUGUCAGGUACCCAUUCUCUAUGGGAUGAAGGUAACCUCCAAUCAAAGAAAUGAUACACAUGGGUGCAACAAGGUGCUAACCCCCAGUUUUCCAGAUGCAGUAUGCUCUGGUUGUAGCCUCCUUGGUGCUACACUUCUUCCAGUGCCCAUGUGCCAUCAUUCAGAGCUCCUGUAGCUCCACUGAAAUAGGAAGAGUCUGUUAAUUCAUGUAUAAAAAUACAAUUCUCAUCUCUUGCAGAUGUAUGUAGUAAAUAGCAGUAAGGAGAGCAAACAUUAUGAAUUCAAAGAUAUGCUGCAUUGACGGUCAAGAGGGGGUGGACCGUUGGGACAGGAAGAUGAAAUGGUGAAUGAUUAUUAUGUGGAGUAUCUCCAGGUAUCACAACCACUAAGAGCAAUACAAGCAGUGUCCCUGAAAACAUGUCUUUCCCUAUGCAUCAGACCCAGGAAUUUUAUCUCUCCUGCCAUUUGUGAAGGGACUAGGUUAGUGUCUUACAUACUUGAUAUGGCUGGAAUGAGGUCUUGGAGAAGUAUCCCCACCAGAAGUGUCCAGUGAGUCCCUGAUUCAGUCUGUCACUGUCAGUUCAGCAAAUUUCCCUCUAAAAACAGCAUCCCUUCCCUUACUCCCACCAUGUUCCACUCCCUCUGGUGCUCAGACAAAACUUAGGAUAACAAACUCCCUGCUUGGUCCCUUUCCUCUUUCCCUUCACGUGACUAUUUAUUAUUACUGGUUUAAAUCCCUUUUAGAAGCUGAUCUUGGUCCCAAACUUCCUGCAUUGCACAAUAAAAUAAAGAGUUGUUAGCUGAUGGUUCUCUAUCCAAAGCAGACAUUUUUUUCCACAUCCAAGUCAUGCAAACAUAGCUAACAAAGUUCUUGUGCAUCAUCUGCUUUCUUCUUUGCUUCUUUCAUCUCUACUUUGAUUAAUAAUUUGUCCUUUUCUGACAUUGUACAACAUAAGUAUUCACAUUAGCUCUGUGCAUGGCUAUACAAUAGGCAUAUUUUAUUCAUACAUAUAUUCAUGUCUGUUCAUAUGCAGAGCACACAAAUAAAUGAAGAACUAAAGAAUUUAUUACUGGUAUUCAUAAUUUAACAGGACAGCUCUCACAAAUAAGUUUUCUGAAUAUGCUUUUACAUUAAUAAAAUUGAUGAAGGAAUUUGUCCCACAGGCUUUUAAAAGACAUGAUGAAAGAUGUCUCUUUGACAAUAUUUUGUUAUUCUUGUUUGCUUGAAGACUAAAAUGCAAUCUGUGAUGUUUUCCCCAAAUAAUAAGGUGAAUUUAGAAAAUCCUUCCUGCUUUCUAUCCACUCUAAUUUAUAUAUUGUGAUACCACAUUAACAUUAGUUUGUGUGCAGCAUCAUUUGUAUAAACAGUGCUUUUAUUUUUUAGGGUUGUUUUACUUACAGCCUUCUCCUAAGAGGAUUUCAAUCAAAUUAAAAAUGAUACGACAAGAACUGCUAUAAUAAAAAAAAAAAAAUUAUAGUUAUUUAUGGAUUUAUUUUGAAAAGUGAACAGACAAUGCACAAGAAAAAGUAAGUUUUGGGUCAACCAAUAUACUUAGUACUAAUCCUAAAUGGAAGAUAAUAAGUUUUAUUAAUGUACUGUUAAUCAUUGCAUUAUGGGUUUUUAAUCUUUAGCAAUCUUUUCAAAUAAUCUACAAACACUGAAAAGUCCAUUUUGCUGGAAGCAAAUACACAAACAACAGAGCUACUAAAACAGAUCACAAAAUACUAAAACUGCAGUAAAAAAAACCAAAAAGAAACUGGACUGUGAUUAAUGCUAUUGUGUAUCCAAACCAAAUUUAAAUGGUUUUUUGGGUGAUUGUUAGUACUUACA